UAAACCGAACAGUUGAUCGAAGUCGUUUAGUCGAGGAUCAUAAUAGGAUUUUAAUUUAAAAAUGCUUCCUCUCUUCUUGGUUUUACUGAUCGGCCUUCAGGUGCAGGGCUGUGUGAAACAAGCUCAGGUGGUUAAAAUGCGUGGAACCUUGGUAACAAUGCGUAAGCACCAGAACUCACCAAACUGCACCACAAAUUGUGGGCCCCUGGUGGGAAGAACCAGAACUGAGACUUACUUGGGUUUUACGGAUGUUUGCUGCGACGGCUAUAUACGUGAUGAAAAUAACGAGUGUGUGCCGCAGUGCAAUGAUUGUGGAGCCUCGGGAAAAUGCCUUUUGCCCAACGUGUGUUUGUGUGGAAAAGGCUAUGUAAGUCGUAAGGAUCACGGUCACUGUGAGCCGGAGUGCAGUGAGUCCUGCGUGAAUGGAAAAUGUGUGGCACCGGAUGAGUGCGAAUGCCUUGCUGGCCAUCGAUUCGUCAAUGGCUCUCAGACGGCAUGUGAGCCAAUUUGUGUGGAGGACUGUGCCAAUGGUCGUUGUCUGGAGACGGGAAAAUGCCUGUGCAACAACGGCUAUCAGCGGGAUGAAAAGCUUAAGAAAUGUGUGCCCAUCUGCCAGGAUAACUGCUAUCAUGGCGACUGUGUGGCGCCCAACGAGUGUCGCUGUCAUCCCGGUCAUGAGCAGCGCUUGGGAGUGCCGUGGAUUUGCGAUCCGAUCUGCUCGAGCGGCUGCGCCAACGGCUAUUGCCAGGGUGCCGAGGUGUGCGCCUGCAAGAUGGGCUAUGCCCACAAGGAUAACACUCUCGCCUCAGGCUGUGAGCCUGUGUGCAAUCCGCCCUGCGCGAAUGGCACUUGCAUCUCACCCGGCCACUGCGCCUGCCCCGAAGGUCACGUAUUCGCCGAGGGAUCGCGUCACGAGUGUGUUCCCAGCUGCCGUUCCGGCUGCGAGAAUGGAUAUUGUAGUGCUCCUGGUCGCUGUGAGUGCCAUGAGGGAUUCGAGAAGACAUCGCCGCACCGCUGUUCGCCCACAUGUCAACCGGGCUGUGGCCGGAACUCCCGCUGCGCCGCUCCAGACACGUGUGCCUGCGAUGUCGGCUACGUCUUCGUCAACGGCAGCACCACCGAGUGCGAGCCCUUCUGUCCCAGGAACUGCCGGAAUGGAAUCUGCAGUAGUCCAGGCGUCUGCACAUGCUUGGAAGGUUUUCAGGCCCUUCUCUCGUUCUACUGCAUACCAGUUUGCUCGAAAACCUGCAUUCAUGGCAGUUGUGUGGCGCCCAACGAAUGUCGCUGCUUCACCGGCUACCGGCCAAAUCCCAGUCUAGGAGCGAAUGUCUGCGAGCCCAUUUGCAGCCAGGGAUGUGUGCACGGAAAUUGCAUCGCCCCAGAGAUCUGUCAAUGUGAUCUGGGCUUUGUCAAACGAUGGGCCACUGGGACCUGUGAGCCGCACUGCCCACAGAAGUGCGUGAACAGCCAUUGCUUGGGAUCGGGAGUGUGUCGCUGCUACGAGGGAUACAAGCUGAGGCCGGGAUCCACGUCCAUCUGUGAUCCGGAGUGCCAGCCAGGAUGCAGGAAUGGAACCUGCGUAGAGCCCAACAGCUGUGCCUGCUUCGCUGGCUACGAAGACACCAAGGUGCCGUACGAGUGUGUGCCCUCCUGCCGUCCUAGAUGCGAGAAUGGGCGAUGCUCCUCUCCAGGACACUGUGAAUGCGAUCCCGGCCAUGUGGUUACCAACUCCAGUGAACCCAACUCAUGUCGCCCCCAGUGCCAGGAGCAGUGCAUCAAUGCCGAGUGCGUAGCGCCGGAGAAGUGCGCCUGCCUACCUCGUUACCGAUUUUUGCCCGACAGCAGCACCGAGUGCGAACCGAUUUGCUCGAAAGGAUGCCUUUCUGGGCAGGAAUGCGUUGCACCAGACACCUGUGCGGGUUUUGAAUCCCUAAUUAGUCCGACCACUGGCAAACACCUGGCAUUCCAUUGGUCCAUGUUUGUCCUGGCAAUUUUGCUCUGCUUGGCUCUGGUAAUGAUUCCCCUGCUGUUGCUCAGGGAAAUGCAGCGACGACGUCGUGGUGGCGACAAGCAAAGUUCCCGGCUAAUCGAGAAUCCUUCGUAUGGAGUUGUGCAGGCAAACAGCGAGGAUACGAACAGUGAGUUGGGCAUUGGACUGGGGGAUUAACCAAGCUCAUUUUAGAGACACCCGAUAGAUCUGUUUUUCAAAUCCCCUAGAGCAAAUAGGAACUAUCAAAAUGUUUAGACGGGAAAAUGCUGUUGGUUGUCUGUGGAAAUAUUUUAAUUUCAAUGUUUAUGGCUUGGUUUCCUUUACAAUCUUCUCGUUCGAUUAAGUUUUACACUGAAGGAUGCUUGGCAUCGAAAAUAAUACACACGUAUAUAAAUAUAUAUAUAUAUAUAUAUAGUUAAGCUAAACAUGUAUGGUUUAAAGUUAAAAACAUAAUCUACCGUAAUAAAUUAGGUAAUACUUAAUA